CCCUACCAUCUGCAUUGCCAACAGAAACCUUGCAAUUACUGAUCUUCUGCCAAGCAAUUCGACUAUACCCUCCGAGGCUGACCGUCCCUUUCCCUGGCCUUCCGUGCUUCCACGCUUCCUACACUCCAUCCUAUCCAUUCUUUCUCAUUGUUCUUCCUAACCUCAACUCUAUCGCACUUUUUUUCUCACACUCCGCCCGGCUAUGUGCCGUUUACUCGGAUCAAUGGUUGGGGCUUCCGUGAUCGGCUCAGCCGCUAGGUGUGCGCCAUAUUCAAAUCGUUUGUCGAUCUGCCUCGUACAACCCUUGUCCAUGCUUCGCUUCACACCCGUGGUCAUGCGUUUACAGGCUAGUCCUUCCCCUUGGGCACGAUCUAAACACAAUGACUCGCGAACAGGGCAUCGUAGGUAUUUCGAGAAAUCUUCGUUGCGAAUGUUCUGGCCAGCGUCUCGCACUAAUGGAGACCUUGACUCCUCCCGGGUCCCAGACGAGGCUGUCCUGAUUGUAUGGCGCACUCCAGCCAGCGUCAUAUACAUAUGAGCCCUGCCCGUACGUAAGUUCAUGUCUUUUGGGCUGUGGGUCUUCCCUUGACAUGAGCUUUUAUUACCUUUCAUCCUUGUUUCUCAUUUGAUCAGUUUACCUACGACUGAGUUUGACUCUACAAGGUCAAAGCCUGCAUCAAAUCUAACGACUUUAUAAGCCAACAAAGUGCCACUCAUUAGCGAACGUCUACGACAUCUCGGUACCGUGGCGCAAGGAUCAACGGCAAGCAAGCGAUACUGCAUGCAGAGUGGCUCGAAGUCCAAUGAUAUCUUCAGCGCAUGUAUCAUCAGCAAGCCUAGGCUAAAUCAGGAGAAAGCUACGACCGAACUCGCAUCUGGCCUGCUGCUGUUCCUGGGGUCACCAGUCAAGGGUACCACGCCAUUCAGGCCCUGGUACUCCAUCCCUUCGCCCUACGUGCUGGACCGGGCUGAGGCCGCCAGAGAUUGGAGUCCUUACCAAAGCAGCCUCGCCUUUUACCUAAUUCGAGACCUAAUUCGGUGUCAUGCCCACAAAACCGAAACGACCCAAGUCUUCGGACUCUCAGUUCUUGUUCGUUAACGAAGACGCUUCAACAGUUACAAGAGCCACCAAAGAUGCCGAGCUCGACCGAACGAAGCAAAGCCACGUACAGCGCCAGAAUUUCGCGCGCAGACGUCAGCUUCGUGAACAAUCUGUAUCGCUUCAACAAAUUGAGAGCCAGAGUUCUAUAUCUCCCAGUCCUGCGACGACUGAACCUCUCACUGAGACCUCUUCGUCCUCUCAAGGAGUCGCUCCUUACGCUGGGGAAUACUUCGACAUAUUGCAGAAUCUCAACCUCAAUGAUGCUCAAUUCCAAACCAGUCCGGCACCUUUGUCGCAAGAAAUGUUAGAUCCUCAACUGGCCGCGAUUUUCUCGAACCCUUUCGCUUCCACGACUUCAACACCUCCUACGCUUACGAGGCCGGUCACUGGGUUUGAGACCUCUUCCUCGUAUCACCCUAGUCACUACUUCGAGACGACCCCUCCAAACUAUGGCGUCACCCCACCGCCACUACCACCAAGAGGGCCUAUCACCUCCCCUUCCGUACCAGUGAGUCGGAUAUCGAGCCCGGGCGCAAGCACCCAACGCAUCCUGGAACAAUGGGCACCGCCACUCAUUCAACACUACAACACAGUUAUAAUACCAGAGACAUUCUGGAAGGAUGUGCAAAAGGCUCCGUUGGGGCGAACGAGGCAUGCGCUGUCAAUCCACGCCGACAUGGAAGCUUGUAUGUCGGAACCGGCGCAUAUGUAUUCCUUCCUUGCGUCGGCUGCGACACAAAUGCUUGUACGAGAGGGCCGACUUGUAUUGCCAAAUGUGUCUGAGGGAGACUACCAGAGGAUACCCACAUUCUUCAAGACAAAGGCGAUUCAAGCCAUCAGAGCGAAACUUGCCAGCGGCCAAGUAGGCCAUCAUAUUGCCGUUGAUGUUCAUCGGCUCUAUAGCACCGGCAUUUACACCCGCAACCCUGAAUUUGCCGAGCCACAUCUUCAGGCUCUUCUGGCCAUUAUCGAGAGCUUGGGCGGCUUGAGCACUUUCAACGAUUAUCAGCAGGAGAGAAUGAUGUUGGUGGACUGUAUGGGUGCCCUCAUGUCCCUUGGCGUUCCUCGUUUGCUCGCGACGCUGGAUCCUGGCCCACUACCUCACGAGGCCCUGCUCGGCAUCGAAUCUCAAGGUCUAUUUCGAUUCGGACUAGGACCCAGGUUUGAAGCGAUGUUGCAAACGACAGACACCAGUCAUCUAUUGGCAGAUACGUUGUUGGACAUGGUUCACGUGUCUCAGAUGUCUAUUCUCCUGGAAGAUGCGGCACGAUACGUUCCGGAGCACCACAAGUGGUUCGGUUGGACGUGCCUGACAAUCCUCCAUCGAUUGCUGUCCAUGCCACUGCAUUAUGAGCUGGACGGGAGGGUAGAAAGUCUGCGUAUCGCGGCGGCUUUCUGGAUCACAUUGACGCGAGCACCUCACGUUGGCCGACGAGCCGCAUCGCAAUCCGCGCACAGUCUAAGACAAAGUCUCGACGGAAAUGACGUUGAGAUGCUGUGGGCUCCACAUACGGACUGCCUGUUGUGGGUUGCGGUUCUCGGUGGUGUUUGCACAGACAACGACGACGAUUUGCGGUGGUUUCUGAAUAUCUCCAAGGCCGCCGCCGCCGAGCUCGGGGUGACCUCUCCAGAAGAAUUGGAGGGCCUUCUCUCACAGAUGCUGUACGAUCCUCCGUCGCAAAGAAGUAUGGUCCGACAAUUUGCAAGCAAAAUGUGGCCAUCGGCCAUGGAGUCGUGAGUCAGAACAACAAUGUGAGCUGCGUCGGUGUUUUGCUCGCCGCCCCUCGCUGUGCCAGUGAAUACAUCGGUGUGGAACUGCACGACAUGAGCGCUGUUGGUCGUCGCGACUUACGAAAGUUGGAGACAGGGAUCAUGAUCGAGUUGACCUUGACAUGUCCACGGACGCACGAGUGGCGAGGUGACUGGGAAAUGAUCCUGGCUCAUGGAGUAAGAGGACACGGCUUUGACUUUGUGCUUUCUAUUCCUCUUCAACCACUUUUUCAUUCUUUUUCCAACCUUCAAGCGUUAUGUAUGCGCUGGGUCAUGAAACGGCAAACAGAUGGUUUUUUUCUUUUCUUUUUUGGUCGACACGAGUUUUGUUCCGCCCUUUCUGUUGUUUCUCUCACCCAAAAAAGUUUCACUCCAUAGAUACCCCCUUCCCUCCCUUCCCCAACCCCAAAUUUCUUUCGUCAUGAGCUCAUCUCCAGAUAGAUAGAUAUCUACACUUGGCAGCACAUUGUAGAUGGGUUUUUCUGUUUCUUUAGACAGACAGCCAGGCAGGCAGGCAGACAGACGGACAGACAAAAGAGGAGGAAUCCUUGAGAGACGCGUCGAGGGAAUGACAGACAUGAAAUAUGAAUUUACACACGAUUACACAACGAUCUCUUUUGCUUCCAACCGAAAAGAAAUGCAUACUGAUAGAGAGAGAGAGAGAGAGAACUGCGGAAUCAGGAAAGCAUCGAGGCAUCAUCAUGUCUUCACGAGAUACAUUGAACUUUCUUGUUGAUACAAAAAUGACUUGUUGAUAAAUCUUGAC